GGCCACGAUUUUGAAAUACAUUUUGAGGAGAAAAAUAAUAAAGAAUAAAUAAUAAGAGAAAAAAAUGUCCGGUGACAUUCUUGGAGUGGUGUUCGAUGCUGGUUCACAGUCUUUCAAGGCAGGGUUCGCCGGGGAACCCUCUCCACGGACAAUGGUGCCCAAUAUUGUUGGCAGGUUUCGUCGCGACGGUCUCCUGGACGGUUUACCGAUUGUGUAUUGUGGGACUCAAGCCAUUAAAAACCGGGGUAUAUCCAAGUUGGUGUACCCGGUGAAGGAAGGUCUCAUUGACGACUGGAAUGAGAUGGAGAUGCUGUGGCAUCACGUCUUCUACAAAGAACUGCAUGUACCACCAGAGUCUACGAAGAUUUUGCACUCGGUGCAUCCUCUUACGUCAAAGAAUGAUAAUCAAAAAAUGGCUGAAAUAUUGUUUGAAAUCUUCGCCAUUGACUCGCUCUACAUUGCAAAGUCAACGGCUUUGGUGCUGAAUGCAUACGGCAGGACAUCUGGCGUUGUCUGGGAGUGCGGCCACUCCUGCUCCUACGUGGCACCGGUGUUUGAAGGGUUCCCCUUGAGGCACGCUACGUUCACCUCGCCGAUAACUGGCAAUAUGCUGACUAAAAGACUGCAGAAUCUCAUGUUCAAAGCUGGGUAUUCACUCACAACUCCAUAUGAACUAGAUCUCAUUGAAAAAAUUAAGAAAGAAACAUGUUACGUAUCCCAGCACUACGAUAAGGAGCUAGCAGAAUCAUCAGGAUAUGAUAGCAAGGUUAGGUACACCCUCCCGGAUGGUCAGGACUUACUACUGGGAGAGGAGCGGUUUCUCUGCCCAGAGGUCUUCUUUAAACCCGAGCUUGAAGACCUGAAGUGCAAAAAUAUAAUGGAGACCAUUUGCCACAGUAUCGAUUUAUGUGAUAUUGAUUAUAGGUCCAUGUUCUACAGCAACAUCGUGUGUUCUGGCGGCGCUACAAUGACAUUAGGUUUUGUAGAGCGCCUCAAUAAGGAACUGACGCACUACCUGAAGAAAUCCUCGCGCGACGUGCGACCGCGUGUAGACGCGAUCCCCGUGAGGCAGUACGCUGCCUGGGUGGGAGGGUCCAUGCUAGCCUCCUUUCCAAACUUGCAAGGUUUCUGGCUGACCAAAGAAGAGUACGAUGAUUCCGGACCUGAUCUUGUCAAGUCUAAGUUCUUUUAAACGGCCGAUUUCGUGCGAAAUAUUUAUAUUAGAUGUUAAUUUUGUUAUUGUAAGAGAUUUUAGUUAUGCGUUAGACACUUGAGACUAUUUAGUUACUGGUAAGUUGAUUAAGAACAAUAAAAACUUUA